UGAAUCUCUUCACGUUCUUCCAAAACUCCUUGUGUUCUCUUGUCUUUCCAAAAACAAAAAGUUAUUUAUAUUUCGUAUCUCCAAAAAAAGUGCAGGGACAUUCUUCCGCAAACAGCUUUAAAAAAUGGCUAGUUUCGGGAACAAAGGUUCUUUUCUCUACUCUUUGUUUUGCCUCUUCUUUUCCUGUCCUUUUGCUCUCUCUCAACUUUCAUCAACCCAGAAAUCCACCAUGAUCACUCUCUAUGAAAAAAUCAAUGAUAGCAGUAUUCAAUGGAAUAUUACUAAAGAGCCAUGUUCAUGGAAGGGAGUUAAAUGCAACCCCAGCAAUUCUUCUGUACUUGGAAUUUCUCUAUCUGGGUUUUCUCUCUCUUCCUCAGAUUUUUUGCCUGUCGUCUGUGAGAUUAAGUCUUUGCAGGAAUUUGAUGUGUCCAACAACCGUUUGAACAAAAUCCCAGAUGAGUUCAUGGAAGGUUGUGGAGAAAUUGGAGGGCUGAAACUGCUCAACUUUAGCAGGAACAGGUUGGGUGGUUCGUUGCCUAAAUUUGUUGGUUUUGUUCGAUUGAAGUUCUUGGACUUAUCUUAUAAUGAGUUGAGUGGAGAUAUUCAUUUAGAGUUAGAGGGAUUGGUUGGUCUUAAAAGCUUGAAUCUAAGUUCUAACUUGUUCAGUGGGUCUAUUCCUACUCAACUUGGAAAGUCCAAGGUUUUGAAAGAGCUUGCACUUUCAGCAAAUAUUUUUCAAGGAGCAAUACCUGAAGAAAUUAUGGAAUACCAGAAUUUGACCCUGAUUGAUCUUAGCCAAAAUAAACUUUCAGGGGUUAUUCCUGACAGAAUUAGGGAGCUCUCCAAGUUGGAGGUUUUGGUUCUUUCUCAAAAUUAUCUAAAUGGAGAGAUCCCAGAAAGUCUGUUAACUAUCACAUGUCUCUCACGAUUUGCAGCGAAUCAGAAUGGCUUUCACGGUGCAAUUCCACGUGGGAUUACAAAAUUUCUGAAGAACUUGGACCUAAGUUAUAACAAAUUAAAUGGUUCAAUUCCUUCAGACCUUUUGUCACCAUCUAGUUUGCAGACUGUGGACUUGUCAUUUAAUUUGUUAGAAGGAUCCAUUCCGGCAAAUAUUACUCCUAACUUGGUCAGGUUGCGAUUGGGAAGCAAUUCACUUGAUGGGUUCCCUUCAGCAAAUUUUGCAACACUGAAGCAACUGACAUAUUUGGAACUGAACAACAAUAAAUUGAAUGGAUCGAUUCCUCCUGAAUUCGGUUCUUUCCCGAAGUUGGCGCUGUUGGAUUUGGCUCAGAACCGACUUGCAGGUGCUUUGCCGCCAGAGUUGGGUAAUCUUACCGACCUUCAAGUCUUAAAGCUUGAAUUCAACAACCUUUCUGGUGAAAUCCCGAGUCAAAUCACACAACUACAGAAGUUGUCAAUCCUGAAUAUCAGCUCAAAUUCUCUGAGUGGUCAGAUACCAUCUUCUAUUUCAAGCUUGCAAAACCUUGGAAAUCUCAACUUACGAGACAACAAGCUUAACGGUUCCAUACCAAACACCAUUGGUAGCAUGCAGAGCCUUUUGGAACUCCAACUUGGGAACAAUCAACUAAGCGGUUACAUUCCAAGGAUGCCUCCUAGUUUGCAGAUUGCUUUGAAUCUCAGUCACAACCACUUUGAAGGACCCAUUCCAAAGACUCUUGAUGGAUUACGUGCACUAGAAGUUUUGGACCUCUCGAAUAACAAUUUCUUGGGUGAGAUACCAGCAUUUCUUACACAAAUGCAGUCAUUGACAUGGUUGUCACUCUCAAACAAUCACCUCUCCGGAGUUAUUCCAGAGUUUAGUUCUUGGGUCACCCUUGAAACAAGUGGCAACAAGGAUUUGAUCAAUGCUACAAAGCUGAAGCCUUCGUCUAAAUCAGAAAAGGGAAACUCGGUGGCUGUAAUAGUUAUGGCAGUUACAGUUUCUAUUGUUGUUUCUGGAGUGGUUGUAAUUCUUGUUAUGUUUCUCUCACGGCGUUAUAGCAGGGUCAAUGAUGAGCAAUUACAACCGGUGGAAGAUCUGCCCCUCCCUCAGAUUCUCCAAGACAACUUACUAACCUCAAAUGGGAUUCACAGAUCAAAUAUAGACUUCACCAAAGCCAUGGAAUCAGUUACCGACCCGUCAAACAUUGUGCUGAAAACUAGGUUCUCAACUUACUACAAAGCAACUAUGCCAUCCGGAUCAAGCUACUUUGUCAAGAAACUUAACUGGAGUGACAAGAUAUUCCAAUUGGGCAGCCAUGACAGAUUUGGAGCAGAGCUUGAGGCCUUUGGAAAAUUGAGCAACUCCAAUGUCAUGAAUCCUCUAGCUUAUGUUUUAUCUGUUGACAAUGCUUAUCUGUUCUAUGAAUAUUCCUCAAAGGGUACCCUCUUUGACAUUCUUCAUAGCAGCUCGGGAAGUGACAUUGAUUGGGCGAGUAGAUACAGCAUCGCAGUUGGAGUAGCUCAAGGCCUUUCAUUUCUUCAUGGAAUCGCCUCCGGUCCAAUACUCUUACUCGACUUGUCAAGCAAAAGCAUCUUUCUGAAGUCCCUGAAGGAGCCGCAAGUGGGAGACAUCGAGCUCUAUAAGGUGAUUGAUCCAUCCAAGAGCACUGGUAAUCUUUCAACAGUCGCUGGUUCAGUUGGCUAUAUUCCUCCAGAAUAUGCAUACACAAUGAGGGUAACAAUGGCAGGGAAUGUGUACAGCUUUGGGGUAAUUCUGUUGGAGCUGCUGACAGGAAAACCGGCAGUUAGUGGGGGGACUGAGUUGGCUAAGUGGGUUUUGAGUAACUCGGUUCAACAAGAUAAGUGGGAUAACAUGCUUGAUUUUAGCAUCAGCAGAACUUCACUCGCAGCCAGAAGCCAGAUGCUUGCAGUUUUGAAGAUUGCUCUUGGUUGUGUUAGCUUAUCGCCCGAAGCAAGGCCAAAGAUGAAGAGCGUUCUACGCAUGCUUCUCAAUGCAAGAUGAAGCAGAUACCGAGUGAUUUUGGUUCUAAGAACAGCAGUUUCUGUCUGUAAAAUAUUGAUGCGAGUUUUAUUAGUUCCUACUAGAAUACUGGUGGUGCAAAAGCAUUUCUUGCCAGAUAAGUUAUAUAGUAUACUACACUAGUAUCCUGCUUUUAUAGCAAACAGAGAAAAUUAUAUAAUGUAUUUACUAGCAAAAGAAGGUGAACCAUUUUCUUGUUUACAUAGCAGUUAUGGAUUUGUGGAUUUGUGGUUUGCUUGCCU